AUGCGGAUACAACGUAUGAAGAAGUUGGGUAUAAUCCUUAUGUUUAGCAUUGGGUUCUUCCUUACGGCAGUAAGUGCCUACCGCAUCAAAGCGGUUUUAGCUUUUUCGACAUCUUAUAAUGCUUCAGCCGAUUCUCUGCAGACUUCUGUAUGGUCUCAUAUCGAAGUGAUUGUGGGAGUUGUUGUAGCGUGUCUUCCAAGCAUCCGACAGCUAUGGAGAAAAAUAUCCCCGUACAUACUCCAAGUUGUAUACAAUCCGAAGCCGAGUAAAUCACCCCAGGAUUCAAAGUCCACGAGCCAGAACUCGAGAGCACCGUCAAAACCUCAUGCAAUACAACAACCAAUGGUCUACGACGAGUCCUCGAUAGCCCACUUGGUCGGAGACCUCAACAGAAUUGACCUCAACGCCUUGCGCCCGACAGAAGCUGAUUCGCCAAAAUCAACAAAAACAAACGCAAAAACUAAAGGAACAAGCCUGUGUUAGCAGCGCUGCCGCCAAAGCCAAUCUAUCAAGUCAAGUUCCAAACAAACCCAUCAAAUCGGGGCUAUUCACACUACCAAACAAGCAAGUUUUCGAUCGCGAUGUUUGAUACAUUGGAUUUGUUUGCUUCAAG